CAAGAAAACUGAGUCAGAGUUAGAGUUUGACACUGUCAAGUGUGUCCAUCACGAGAGCAUCACUAUUGAUCUGCACUGACAGUGUCAAGUGGAAACAUAACCAACACUGUUACGGCAACUGCGCUACCCGCAACUGCAGUGCUCUCCAGAGGGUGUUUCGGUCUGCCCAACGCAUCACCGGGGGCAAGCUACCUGCCCUCCAGGACACCUACAGCACCUGAUGUCACAGGAAGGCCAAAAUGAUCAUCAAAGGACAUCAACCACCUGAGUCACUGCUUGUUCACCCUGUUAUCAUCCAGAAGGGCAAACAGUCUACCAUCAUGCAGUGGAUGUUAUUCCUAGUGCUGUUCUCAGUGAAAGACGUAACAGAGCCAGUAAACGGAACUAUGACGGCUGCCUCUACAGCUGUUAUGACAACAAGAGAGAUGCCCACCAUCCGCAUGGUGAACGGCAACAACCGCUGCCAGGGCCGUGUGGAGGUGUUCCACAUCAAUCAGUGGGGCACGGUGUGUGAUGACUUUUGGGACAUUCAAGAUGCCCAGGUGGUGUGUGGGCAGCUGGGCUGUGGCACCGCCAUCUCAGCCAAUCCUCAGGCCUACUUCGGCACCGGCUUGGACCCUAUCCUCUUAGAUGAUGUAGACUGCAAUGGAAGCGAGAUAGAUCUCACAAACUGCUCCCACUUAGGCUGGGGAAUGCACAACUGUAACCAUAAUGAGGACGCUGGAGUCAUCUGCACAGAGUCCCCCACUAAGACGAUACAGAUGGUGAGAGUGGAGCUGACCCCUGAUUCACCUACGAACUUAAGUGAUCCUGCCGUGAGUGAGGCCAUUUUGCAACAGAUAAAAGCCCAACUGAGAGCUCAGGGGAUGUCUGACACCGUUAAACUGAGUUGGAAAGUGCAGCCUGAUGAAGAAAUUUUCCACAAGAAGGAGGUGGGAAAGAGUCCGAAAAAGAGGAGGAAGAGGUCAGAACUUUAAAUACACAUAGGCAAAUAUACAGUGUACAAACCAUUAAGAACACCUUCCCAAUAUUAAAAGGUACUAUGCACUAUAUUCAUUGAUUAGAAUGUUUUUUUAUUACCUAGAGUAACUGCUAUAAUGCUUGAUAUUGAACGAUAAUGCUUCCUAUUGAAUUUCUUUAUAUAACCAUAAGAUAAUUUUUGCUUUAAUACAGAAAAAACAAGUUUUAUUGUAAAUGUGUGAUAUACAGUUCAAUGUUUAAACGUCAAAGGACUAUUUUUUCAUAUUUAAUUUACCCUAUAAUGAAUAACUUUAAUUAGCAUGGAGCCUUACUUUAAGAGAGGCAGGUAGCCUAGUGGUUAGAGCGUUGGGCCAGUAACUGAAAGGUUGGUGGAUCGAAUCCCCAAUCUGACAAGGUAAAAAUCUGUUCGUCUACCCCUGAACAAGGCAGUUAACCCUUUGUUUCUA